GUUCUACAACAAGCUGGCCAGGUUUGGUUCCCAGAUUCUGCAUUUAAAACGGCUCAGGCAAUUUGUGACUUCAAUCGUGAACGUCUGCCUCUGAUGGUGUUUGCCAAUUGGAGGGGCUUCUCUGGAGGAAUGAAAGAUAUGUAUGACCAGGUCUUAAAGUUCGGGGCCUACAUUGUGGAUGCAUUGCACAAUUUUCGGCAGCCGGUGUUGGUGUACAUCCCACCCCAUGCUGAAUUGAGAGGUGGGUCCUGGGUUGUUAUAGAUCCCACCAUCAACCUGCUGUGUAUGGAGCUCUACGCUGACAGAGAGAGCAGAGGAGGCGUGUUGGAAGCAGAGGGCACAGUGGAGAUUAAAUUCAGGAGGAAGGACCUACUGAAGGCAAUGAGAAGACUGGAUUCAGUCUAUGCCGGUCUAGUUGAGCAACUCGCAUCAUUGGAUUGGUCAGACAAAGAAAUCAAGGAGUUGGAGGAGAAGCUCAAAGCAAGAGAAGAAUUCCUGUUGCCUAUCUACCACCAGGUGGCGGUGCAGUUUGUGGAUCUGCAUGACACUCCUGGCAGAAUGCAGGAGAAAGGGGUCAUCACUGAUAUUUUAGACUGGAAACAGGCGCGAACCUUCUUCUACUGGCGCCUUCGACGGCUCCUGUUGGAACAGGUGGUCAAGUGUGAGAUUAUGGAGGCCAAUAAGGAUAUGAGCGAUGGGCACAUGCAGUCCAUGCUGCGGAGAUGGUUUGUUGAAACGGAGGGAACAGUCAAGGCUUAUCUUUGGGAUAACAACCAAGCAGUGGUGGAGUGGCUUGAGAAGCACUUGUCAAUGGAGGACGGCACACACUCAGCCAUUCGAGAAAAUAUUAAGUACUUAAAAAGAGAGAACGCUUUAAAGCACAUUCGUAGCUUGGUGCAGGCCAACCCUGACAUAGCCAUGGACUGCAUCAUUCAUAUGAGCCAGAACAUUGCUCCCUCCCAGAGGGCCACAUUAUCACACUUGCUUGCCACGAUGGACACCAGCAGUUCUGACACCAGUUGAGCUCUGGGAUUUUAUCAGCCAUUGAAGAGAACAAAUACUCCUUUUUUUUUUAAGUUUAUUGUACUGUUGAAAUGUGUAAGCACAAAAUCACCCAAGUGUUGAAAGGCCCAGGAGCUAAAACUAAUAGAAUGUAGACAAGAAUUUCAGGGCUGGAAUACUGAUGUUCCUUUUGUACCAAAAAAAAAAGAAAAAAAAGAAAAGCACAUUUAAACAGUAAUGGAAAAUCUGUCCUGUUGAGCUGCCUUUUCAUGCUCGUCAUAAUCCAAAGCUUUGACAGUGUAUUGAAUGUUUGAAUGAAGAAAUUAGAAAUUUCACCUGUUUAGUCCUGGAAGCCUUCCUCUCUACUCGGCCUAACACUGUAAUGCACUCCUCACUUUGCUGUAUUAAGUCCAUAUGUUGUCAAUCACUUAAUGACUUAAGUUUUGCCUUAUUUCAUUGUGUGCAGUGUAUUGGGGCUUUAUGAAAUGAUAUUAUUUUUGUUUGCCCCCCAGUUAUAAUUUCUAUUUAAAGUUAUAACAGAACUUGUAUGUUUGUCUUUUAAUAUCAGCUGUGAAAAAUAAGCUCAGUCCAUCCCACACAUUGCUCCUGUAAGCAAACCACUUCCUACCCUGGCACAUUGACACACCUUUUUUUUAUUUCUCUCUUUAGUAAAUGUGUUGCUGAAUUAAGAUGAAAAGACUCAGUGAUUACAGAACUGACUCUGAUUCUUAAUUCCAUUUGGACUACUUAACUUUUGUGAACUAUGACAAAAUAAGACUGAUCAAGAGAUCCUUGAUAAAGCCAAAAAAGAAUGCUCUGGCAGAUGGAUAUUAUUAUUGUAGAAAUAUUGUCACAAUCGUUUGACUGCAGGAGGAAAUAGAGUUGUGCAAACUACAUUAAAUCACGGAAUUUUAUAGUAGCAACAACAUUACCUGGAUUAAUAUAAAGGUUUACAGUGGAAGCUGGUCCUUUUUAGUAUCAGAAUUGGACUAAAAAACAAACAAAAAAACAUAAGUACAAGAAUAUGAAAUGCUGAAGGAGUUAGUAUGUGUUUUCAUUACUUAGUUUUUUAUUAUCUGCUCUACAUUUUUUCACUAAUUUAAUGCAAAACUGUGUAAGUCAUAUAUAGAUUACUGGUAUAUGAAUUCUGCUGUUGCUAUAUUACAUUCUUUAUUACUAUAGCACCCAGCUCAUAAAAACAAAAUUUAGUUUGUAAGGAAAUUU